CAGUCCCUCCCCAAGCCUCAGACCUCGUGGUAGGCAAUCCUUGACUCGGCCAUAUUGAAAUAUUGGAUGUCUCUGUUACACAAGGGCUCAAGAGUAGCCAAGAAAUUUUCGCAUAAUCCUCGUCGAAAAGAGGAUAAAUAUCGCCAUGGAGAACUCAUACAGCAUCACCGUAACUAACAAAUUCUUACUGGCCCUGGAUGAAGACGUGGAUCCUCUGGAAUUGCUCAAAGUUCGAGAGCAAGAAAAGGAAGCAAAGAAGAAGGAAAAACUUUCGGAGAAAGAGAACAAAAGUAAGCAAACUGAUGUCCAAAAAUCAACCGGCGUCAAAACUCAAAAGAGUCGAGUAAUCAAAGAUGUUCAACAGCAACCUCAGAAGACCCAGGAGCCUAAGAAGGAUCAAGUUGAGAAAAAAUCAACUCAACCACGAUCGGGUGGUGGUGAUCGCAAUGUCAAGUUCUCCGGCGAGUCGAGAGAAGAUCAUAACAAUAGACGUAACCGCGAGGAUGGUGAACGUCCUCCUCGUAACCAAGGUGGAGAAGUAAGACGAGGACCUCCUGGAGAGGGCCGAGAAAAUCGAGAUUUCCGCAACUCCAAUGAUCAACGUGGAGAUUUUGGUGAUCGUCGUCCACGUGGUGGAUCUCGAGGUGGAGCAGGGCCACGUGGAGGACGUGGUGGACCACGAGGUCCUCGCAGCGGUUUCGAUAGUCGUGGAAAAAGGGAAUUUGAUCGGCAAUCUGGCUCUGACAAAACGCAUGGUUACAGCGGAGUGAAACCAAUUGACAAGAAGGACGGCGCUGGUAGCCAUAACUGGGGAACUCAUAACGAUGAAAUUGAAGAGAGCCUUAAUCCUGAAACUCAGGACUGGAAUAAUGAGAAGCCUGAUGGUGAGACAACUCAACCACCUGCCGAAAAUAAAGAUGCCGAAACUCCUGUUGAUACUUCCACUGAGGAGAAACCUGCUGAAGAAGAAACGAAAGAGCUUACUUUCGAUGAAUGGAAGGCUUUGCGUGGAGCACGUGCUAAGCCUACUUACAAUUUGCGUAAAGCUGGUGAAGGUGAAGACCUGAGCCGCUGGAAGAAGAUGUAUGCUCUUGAAAAGAAAAAGGAAGGCGCUGAGGAAGAUGACGAUGAAGAAGAAGAAUAUGAUGCUGCUGCUGAGUAUCCUCAGCGUGUUGGCAGACAAAAGCGUGUUUAUGACAUUGAGAUUCAAUUCAGCGAUUCACGACGUGGUGCUGGAGGUCGUGGUGGACGUGGCGGUCGCGGUAAUCGUGGAGAUCGUCCCAAUGGUCGUGGAUUUGGUAAUCGUGGUGGCGCACCACGAGAUGAGUCUCGUUCAUCGGAUGUUAAGAUUCCAACUGUAGAUCAAAGGUCGCCACGUGGUCGUCCUCAGAAUGCUCCAAAAGUCGACGAUGAACAUGAUUUUCCCUCACUUGGAUAAGUUGUAUCCAUUAAUCGGUGAAGCUGAAGAAAAAUAGCCAGACCCACACUACCAUAUACACUAAACCACCAGUGAAGUUAAAACGAUCAUUACUUUAAACUAGACCUGCUACUUUUACUAUAUUUGUCAUCACAAUCUCGCAUCGUUAUGAAAAAUAAUAAUUAUUCAGUAAACAUAUACGUAAUAAUACAUCGAUACGUAUGCACGCGAACAGAAAAAAAAUUAACAGAUGAAAGUAGGAGAGAAAUCAAGGAGAAAUUAUUUUUUUCUUGCAGAAUUCAUUUGUGCAACGUUUGUUUUGUGGAUCGCUUAAGUACUAGUCUAAGAACUCCUGCGAGAGAAUACAGAAGAUUAAAACCUACAGAGAUAGAGUGAAAUAAAAACUUACUGUAACGUGAGAGUGUGAAAGAGAACGACAGAUUUCUUUCUUUUUUUCUUUUUUUUUUUGUAUUGAUUUAUGCUGUGUGAAUGUUAUAAUCAGGCGAAAUGAGGACAUUCAAAAUUCCUCAAUAAAAUGAAUUAGAUUUUAUGUUCAUGCGUAGCAUAAUGAUUUAAUGUUUAACGUAUGCGAUAGAUUGAUAUUUUAUGAAUUUCGUGCAGUAACAGAAAAAAAAGAAACAGUAACCAAAAGUGCGAACGAACGAGUAAGAUUUUUACAAUAAAACCUGUGAAAAAAGCGGAGAUUGCAAUGGCAUUCUUAAUUAUUUUGUGUCACAUUUGAGGGCCUAAUGUAGGCUGAAAAUAACACCGAUUACUUAUAUAAAAGCUUGUAUAAAUACUUUUUAGACGUAAAGCUUCAAGAACAUUUUUCGUUUUAUAAUUUUUAUACGGUGUUUGAGGCAGCCUUUCUCUGUAUUAAAGAAAUCGGUUAUCAUCUUAUGCCGUGCUCAUAAUUUAAAGGACUUUGAAAUAUAUCUUUCUAUAUAAGAAAAUACAAAUAUUUCAAAUCCUAAAUUGUCUAGUUAGAGAUUAAGACGUAAGUUUGGCUUAUAUAGAAAUGUAUAGGAAUAAUUUCCCCAAUUAAGAUAUAACCAAAAUCUUAAGAUUAUAAUUAAUAAGCUGACCCAUUGCCCCUCUCCCAUGUAUACAAAUCAUAACAAUUUCGUGAGAGCAGGUUCAUAAAUUUGAAUUUGUAUUUAAAGAUUUUAAGAAACAUUAGUGAUACAAGUAGCGGGUAAACAAAAAAAAAUGUAGAAAAAUAUUUACGCGAUAUAAUAUUAAUGAUAAUGAUGUAUUUACGCAUCUAUCAUACUCAAUAUUGAACCGCUACAUUGGUUACUUAUUGUUUGUUAUAAUUAACAAAAGAAUGAGAAUUGAUAAAAAAAAAAAAACUUAAUAAUUUUUCCAUAAUGGAAAUUCUCACUGUGAAUAUUCAAAACAGUUCCGUGGCUUUGGUAUAUCUGUAAAUAACAAUCAUUUACAAUAAAUAGUUUCGAGACUAGCUAAUAAAUGCUAAUUAGAUCAUGUCGAAAAAAAAAAAAUUAAAUAUCUAUUAAUGGGC